UAAAAGAAUGUUUACAGGUACUAUCUCAGUAAUAUAUGGCCCAAUGGUAUUAGAAUGAAUUUAUGUAGUUUUCUGGGAAAACAAGUGAACUGAUGAGAUUAGUUAAAAGAUUUACAAUUUCAGAGAGAAAAUGUGUAGUUUUAAAUUACGCAAAUGAUAACAGAUAUUCAGAUGAUUAGUGUAUUUCUAGUCAUGAUAAGUAAUAUAUAGUUAUAAAUUUAGACAAUAUUUGAAAGCUAUAAAAGUGACUAAAUUAUUUGAUGCUUUUGAAAAAUGUAAGGAUAAUGAUGUUGUAGCAAUUGAUGAAGGUUAAUUCUUUUGUGAUGUAAAUUAAUUUAUAAUAUACUCUUAGAUUGUGGAAUUUAGUGAAGCAAUGGCAAAUUUAGGGAAGAUUGUAAUUGUAGCAGCACUUGAUGGAACAUUUGAUAGAAAACCAUUUCGUAAUAUUUUAAGUUUGAUUCCUUUGGCUGAGCGUAUAACAAAAUUAACAGCUGUAUGCUGGUUUUGUAAAAAAGAGAAUGCUUCAUUUACAAAAAGAACUGUUUAAUCUUAAGAGAGUAUAAAAAUAAAUAUAUAUUUAAGUUGAAUUAAUUGGAGGAGAAGAUUGUUAUAAACCUGCUUGUAGAGCAUGUUUUAAUUUGGCAGAGGAUUAAUUUAAAAAACAUACAAUACCAUAAAUCUCAGUUUUUUAAAAUGAUGAAAGACUAUUUGGUUAAUAGAAUUUGAUUUGCUGA